AUGCUCGGGUCCAACAACAGCAACAGCAAGAUCAAGACCAACAGCAGCCGCAAGAUGGCUGGCCCAUGUCCCCUAAACCAGAACCACAGUAUCACCUACGAGCCAAUGCCAGACAUCAACGGGGACAUGUUUGCUAAUCCUGCUCUAUCCAAUUCAGAGCUUGAUAUGCACCUGCAAUGGCCUGAUUCUGAAGCUCUCCUACACAGCAUCAUCACAUUCGACUGGGGCUCGUUGACCUUACCCCCUGGCAGUAUACCAACACCUCACCCACUCCAGCAAUCGCUGCCACCGCCCAAUGUUCUCUCAGACGACCAGUCAGCAGAUGUCGAGGAGAGUCAGGACUCGGAUCAAUUAUCACCCGUGAAUGGCUCCCGCGAUGCAAUCCAAAGCCUCAGUGAUAUGAUGACAUGCCUAUCACAGAAUGUCACGUCAGCCGCAAAGUCUCUACCGGAACUCAAUCCAGCGUUUCUUGAUAGCUGUCUUCAAGCAUACUUCUCCCACUUCAACAUCUACCCAAUUCUUCAUCGACCAACCUUUGUAUAUCGUGAUUGUUCGCCGAGCUUGAUCCUUAAUGCUAUAGCGCUUGGAUCAUUAUUUAUUGGUACAGAUGAUGCGGGUCACGGGGGAGAGGUACUAUGGAGACUGGCUCACACCGCCGUUGCCACCGCUUGGACGGCGUUACUACGCCACAGAGGGCCCUACGAUUCACACAGGGGUGUCCAGCUCGUGCUGACUGCACUUCUCGGCCAAUGCUAUGCUGUCAUGUCCGAGAAAGCAGACCUGAAACUUACCAGCCAGGUCUUUCAUAGGUUAGGCUUUAACUGGGCAAACCAGAACAAUUUGUCUGGAGCGUCAUCACAACAACCCCACCGAGAAGUCAACGAUAAGCGUGACUGGAAGCAAUGGGCCGCAGAAGAAGUCUAUCACCGCGCGCUUGUUGGUCAUUACAUUCUUGACGGCCAAUUGAGUUAUCUAUUAGGUCAACCAGGAGCUGCUACUCUGCAUACAAUAAAUACUCUCAGGCUUUCAGCUUAUUCGAAGGCUUUUGAAGCGCGAGAUGCCUAA